AUGUCAUUUCCGAAGACCUAUCGCGCGUACCAGUACGAGAACUACGGAUCGCUCGCGAACGAGCUCAAGCUGCAUGAUGGCAUCCCGCAGGCCGAGUUGGGUCCACAACAAGUGCGCAUCAAGGUCCGCGAUGCUGCAGUGAACGCCAUCGACCGCAUGGUGAUGGAAGGUCUCGGCCAAAUAUUUCUUGGAAAAGCUCCGUCGGAUCGCCAGCCCUUCAACAUCGGCUGCGAUUGCUCUGGUGAGGUAGUUGAGAUCGGUACUGCCGCUAAACGCCUAAAAGUUGGCGACGCCAUCUACGCCAUGACACCAUUCACCGCGUUUGGCACGCUGGCUGAGUAUCUUGUCUUGGACGAGGACUAUGUAGCAUUAAAGCCCAAAACCUUGGACUUCAAAGAAGCAGCUGCAGUGCCUUCAGUAGCACUCACAGCGUAUGCCGGUAUGACUACGGGCCGAUUUAUCACGAUCCUUCCUAUGACGAAACCCGUGAAAGAAUCCGAAUUUGGUGCACAGCUUGUUGGCGAGGUCCACAACACUGAUCCGUCGGCUGAAAAGCUCGCUACCAUCACGAAGUACAUCGAGAGCGGAAAAGUCAAGCCCAUUAUUGACACGGUGUAUCCGUUUGAGAAGGUGUUGGAUGCCUAUGCUAAGCUGAAGACAUACCACGCGCGGGGCAAGCUCGUUGUUGAGUGCACUUCAACUUACAGAAAAUCCAACCAAUCGUCGAGUAGGAGCGAAACCUGGCGUAUCAUGCGGUACAAUAGUGCCAGUAAUUCAGCUCCAAGAACGCCAUUCCGCGCGAUGCCAAGAUUUGCUCGACGUGACGCAAUGCCACACCACCACGUGCCGGAGGCAAAGGAGACGUCACCCAUAGUAGAUCGACUGCGACUUCAGCUUAAUCGCACAGUGCGCAGAACUGUGACCGAGGCUGUUGAUGCAGUUUGGGCUGCCUUUGAAGACGAGUUAACGCAAGUAGCAACACUUCCUCCUAUUACUCCUGCUGUGGACGACUAUGAAGUGUUCUAUGACUGCUGCAGUCGUUUGGCUAAGUUCAUCGAGAGCAAUAUGGACACAACGCCCGGGUUCUUGGAGCAAAUGGACCGCCUCAUCCUCGCCUGUCACAGCGGUGUCAUGGGGCGCUCCGUGUUAACGAAAGAUCUCCGUAUCCGUCGAGGGAGCAAAAUGAGAAAUGAAACAGAGCACGCUAACACCAAAACGGGCCAGCUGAGAGCGAGGAAGCCGGUUAUUCCACCACCGAGUGGCUCGCGUGGAAUGAUGGACGAGGCUUCGGACGAGGAGUUGAAGGUGACUGCUACGGUUGGGACAGAAUCAAGGCAGUGGGCGACGAGGAAAAGACUGUCGACGAAGAACCAUUCGCCACCGACGCUGCCUCCAUCGAAAAGAGUGAAGCGAUCAAUGACGUCGGAGUUUGGACGUGGUAAGGAUGGAAGCAACGAGGGAAUGACGCAGCAGGAAGCUGACAAAGAGACGAAGAAGCGAAGAAGUGUGCGGCCUUUGUCGAUGCGAGCGGUAGCUGUUAGACGCACUCCACGCCGAAUGACAAGUCUUCGUCAACUGGUAAACGGGUUUGAAGAUGGUGAGGAUAAUGACAGCAAGGCGAAGAAGUCGCGAGGUCAUGGUGCUGCUGCUGGAUCUACACGUCAAGAAUCUCUCACAGUCAAAACGGGUAGAAAAACACGACGAAGCUUUAAGAAUUUCGUGAAACGUACCUCUGGUGUUCGUGAAUCCAUAAAGAGAGAUGCAGGCUACCAGACACGAUCAAAACUGAGAGAGAAGGCUCAGUUAUCGGAAAAAACUGACACGACCGAGUCAGAGCAAGACACACACGGGAUCGAGGAGAAUGAUCCCGAUACUGGCAUUGUCUCAGAACCGUCUGAAAGGGGGACAGCGCCAAACGGGAAACAAGCACGCGAUGAAUCCCCCUCGAAGUGUGAUAAUGACGUGGUUACUAAGGUGAAUGGUGUCGCUGACAAUGAGGAAGAGCUUGAAAGCAAGACCAACCCGCGUGUGUUGGAACAUGCUUCAAAGGUGACUGCCGUGAAGAAUUGUGAUUUUAAAGGACAGAAGACUCGGCGUAAUAAGCUGGCCGAGCGGACACACCUGAACAGGAGAACGACACUUUAUCGAUGGGAGACACUGAGCUACCAAUUCCAGGACUUUGCGACGCAGGAAUGCGAGCACUAG